CCCGUGCUCUCCUACCGGCUGCGAUGUGUUACGCGCCCCUGCUUUAGAAAAAAACAGAGAAGGAAAACUUCAUAGAAAUGGCGGAGGGUACUACGACUCUCAAAGGCUUGCGAGCCCAAAUGGCUGCAGCUGCACAGGCCCAAGCUGAGGAGCGGCGCAGCCUGGCAGAUAACAGCCCAGGACCUACAACCAACGCUCCAGCUAAACCUCAAGGGAACAGGCCAGUCAUUGACGGUGCUGCACUUAGAAUAGACGACCGACUGCGAGUGGCAAAAGAGAGGCGAGAGGAGGCAGAGAAACAGCAGGCUUUGCGAGACUCUCAUAUCAUGGAUCGGGAGCGCAAGGCCAAGAUGCAAGUGGAGCGUCAGGUGGAGGAGCGACAGAAAAAGCUUGACGAACAGAAAAGAAAGGAGGAGCAGAAAAGGUUGGCUGUGGAGGAGAAGAGGAAGCAGAAACAGGAAGAGGAGAAGGAGCACUAUGAGGCAGUGAUGCGGCGGACUUUAGAGCGCAGUCAGCGUGUGGAGCAGAGACAGAAAAGAUGGUCCUGGGGGGGACUGUCCACAGACUCUGAUGGACGGACAGGAGACUCUGAUGCCGGUGCCUCCUCUCCAGUAACUAUAGUUAUCUCCCCUGCCUCGCCAGAAAAGCCUCCAACGAGUCGACAAGUUGACAAGCGCUCCACAUCCACCAUGAACCUGAAACAGAUGUCCGAGCCUGGCAUCAGUAAACGCCUAUCCUCCUCCUCUGCCACGCUUAUAAAAUCUCCCGACAAACGUGUUAAGCAGAGGAGUUCGUCUUGUAACCGGUUGCCUAACAAUGGCAAUGCUGCUCAGGCCAGUAAGGAAGACGGCAAAAAGCUUCAGGUGGAACCGACAGGCCGUUCCCUCACGAAGAGAAGUUCCUCCCUCACACGAGUAAGUGCGGGCAGAGCACAGACUCCUGCCAAGCCUGAUAAGGGGACAACGGAUAAUCAAGAUGACGUCAUAUUUCAGUCUCUAGGCUCGUGCUCCAGCGUGGUGUUUGUCAGUGCCAUCCCACCAUUGCACCCCCAGAGCACCGGAAUAAUCACAGCAGCUCACUGCAGUCUGUGUAUAACCAUUAACCACCAAUGCUUUUGUUUGUCCUAUAGCUAUGUCAACAUUCGUGCAGACCAUCAAAUGUUAAAAUGUUCUUGUUUUGUAUAUGUUUGUUUGGUGUGAUUAACCUAUACAGAUAAUACAACACGCUAAAAUCAUUCAUUCUGAUUUAAUACUUAUAAUCUGAAAAAAAUAAACACUUCUUUACGCCAUUUAACCCCAAAAGAUAACCCAUAUAUCUUAUGAUAACCUUAGCUCGGACUAAUAACCCAGAUUGUGAGUACCUGGGUGAAAAGCAUCUUGCUGUGCUGCCAAUCUGCAACGGCUAGCACUCAACCGCUAACAAACAAGUCUGUCUGCAACAGAUGUCUUCUCAGUAAGGGGCUCCAAAGGGAAGUGUGUGUGACUCCUUUUUAAAGAGAUAGCAUUCAGGGACAUGUGGCAAAAUCAACCCAUCAACACUUUUAACUCAUCUCGUAUAAUAUCUGCUUUGUAGCUUAGGUAGCGGCGACGGCCUAAAUCUGGAAUUGGCUAAUUCUUUCAUUUCAUGGAAGCAAGAACUCUUUGUUUCUGCUGUGAAAUCAAUGUCCACCACAGUGCUUUCAUAAUGAGCUGACCGUUGAAGUCAGCCUUCUUUUCUUAAUCAAUUUUGGCCCAUAUUUUAUAUUAAAUAUGGAAAUGUUUCCCAGCAGAAGCUAAAAGAACUUGCCGGGCCACGGUCACUUUUAGGUUUUUUCACUACCCUAUAGGUUUCCUCUAAUGACUCUUUGAAGUUCACUAAUGAAUUGUUUUUUCCCAUCAGCACGCCUCCCUAAACCUUAAAGGACCAUUGAUUUGACCUCAUUAUCUGACUACUGUUUUAACUGAUCUUCAGUAACCAAUCAGUCAGUCUUUGGUCUGUCUCAGCACUCUUCCAUGGCGUCCUUUAUCCUCAUUUAAUAUCACUGAAAGUUAACAGGACCUUGAUAAGGAGCCCAUGUAAGACUAUUGACACACAACCUUUGGUUCUUAAUGUUGAUUCUUUCCUGUUGGUUAAAUCACCUGGUGAAUUCUCCAAACUUAAUUGACCCCCCCUUCCCUCCUUUUGUUUUACUUUCAUCCCCCAUUCUCAUCCCCUCUUUCCUUCUUGGCCUCUUUGUUCUCUCUUUUUUUCGGGUGCUUCUUUGGCCGUGUAGCUCGCAAGGCAGCGGUCGGCACUGUGGACGGAGGGGUCCUUAGUCGCCUGCUCACCCCCACCCAGGCCUCACUAGCUAGGAGCAAGAGCGCCG